AUGAACAAGGAUGUAAAAAAGUCAAUUGCAGCUAUAAGGAAAAUCGAUGAUGAGAUUGAAGGAUCCACACCCAUAGAUGUGCAUCGUGACAUCUCAUCAGUGAUCAAAGCACUAAGAGAAGCAAGUGCAGUGAGCACUUCUAUUUUCCAGUCUGUCCUGCUUUUUUUGUCAGUGCCAAUUUUGAAGCCUAAGCCAUCUAGGUGGUCACUGGUCUCAAAGUUGGUUCAGAAUGAAAGAGUAGCAUGUGAAUACCAACAAGAAAACUCUUGCAACCUGGAGAUUUUGGAAGCUCAACUUGAAGAUAUUGAGAACAAAAUGGAAAGCAUAUUUAGGUGCUUGAUUAAAUUAAGGAGCUCUCUCCUAAACGUCAUAUCUUGCUAA